ACAAUGGAAAACAUUUCUUUGUCAAAAUACUCAUUGUUUAUUACUGAUAUUUCAUGACUCUCUGGUGGACAUGGCUGUCGGUUCACCUUUUUUUAUCGAAUAUCCACACUUAAUUGGUUUUCUCUGCUGUCAAUCAUAAGUGAGGCGGGAGCAGGGACAUUCCUCUUGUCGCUGAUGGGGAAAAAAAAGAGAAAGUUUCCAAGAUGGCGGCGUAGACCUACCUGUCCGCUGGAAAACAAUAGAAACAGCACAGAGAGAUAGAGUUAGUCCGUUUUUACUGACGAAUCUGUUCUCCGCUCUAAAACCUUACUCAUCCCGACUCGGGCUCGGCCCGGGGGCUCAUCCGUGCCGGCACGUUGGGAGAAAUAAAGUAUGAUGCUUUAUUGAAAUGUUUAAGGCUAGCCAUCUAGCUAGGUUACCAGCCUGCUAGUCGAACUAUCGUUAGCCCGUCUACUCAAAACGUAGUUAGCAGUUAGCGGCUAACGGCUACAAGGAGGAGGAGGAUCAGCUGUUUGCUAGACAGAUGCUGUAGGAAGAGCGGACAGCAAGACUUUCACAUGAAUGCCACUGUGACUGAAGACCAUUAGCAAGACAAAGGUCGCCUCCAUGGAGCCAGCACAGGAGUCUUUGUAAAGGGUGAGGGGGGUUAUAUAGACGCCCAGAGUGAAAAGAGCCAGUUUCAGCAUUUUAUGGACGAAACCUGAGACGGGAGUUUACUACAAGUCUUAAUUGAUGAUGGCGGAUUUUGUUACACCGCGACACAGCGCGGUGAUGGAGAGGCUACGCCGGAGGAUCGAGCUCUUCCGACAGCAUCACAACAACUGCGAGACCCGCUACGAGAAUGCGACGCUGGAGAGACUGGAGCUGGAGAGGCAACAGACCUUCGCCCUGCAUCAGCGGUGCCUGCAGGCCAAAGCCAAGCGGUCCAACAAGCACCGGCAGCCCCCGCCCAGUGGCGACCAGGCCAGCCAGAGAGGACCGGGCAGCGGCGGCGGCAGUGCGGAGCACGGGGAGAGCGGAGUGACUACAGCGGAGCAGAGCCGGAACAGCACCCUGAUAGCGCUGCAGGAGACGGUGAAGAGGAAGUUGGAGAGUGCUAGUUCUCCGCUAAGCAGAGAUCAGGUCAACGGUUUCAGCGAUGGUUUCCCCCCCAACAAGAAGGCUUGUCUGGACAAUGGCACCACCAAUGGCUCUCCGCUGGACUCCAAGCUGGGAAUCAACGACUCGCUGAACUCCAAUGGCACCCAUGGGCCAACCGGCGAGUCGACGGACGGCAGCAGAGAGUCGGGUUCAGACUUCCAUCGGAAGGAGAUGAAACAGGAGCCUGAUGAUAUCCUGCCCAUAAUGCCGCCAUCGGGAGGAGGAAGCAGCAGCCUCUUCCCUGACCUGAACCUGAACCUGAACGAGCAGGAGUGGACAGAGCUGAUGGAGGAGCUGAACUCUGUGGCUUAUGAGGAUAUCCAGGACAUUCUCAAUGAUGGCUUCGAGGAACGCAAAGACCCUCUGGAGCUACCUCCGACUUCAGGUGGUGCUGGGGCUGUGGGAGGUGGAGCAGCAGCAGGUGGUGGAGGAGGCCAGUCAUCCCAGUGUCUGCUCCCUCCAGAUCUGGUCAGCAUUAAGUCGGAGUUCUCCCCGGCCUCAGUGGCUUUCGAGCAGGACUGUCGCACUGACUCCCCCCAUGUCAGGUCCACCUCCUCUGGGCCUCCUCCUCACCCCACCAGCUCUCCCGUUGCCUCCUCCUCUGCCUCUUCCCCAGCUCUAACCCCAUCCCAGCCAGCUCCUCCGUCCAGGCAGCUUCAGCCUCCCCCCAACCACCUUCUCCCUCCAGGGCCCACGGUGCCCAAAGACUUAUCCCCUGCCCAGCAGCUCCAGCAGCUGGCUGCCCAGCAGCAGAGAGCUCAACACCUCCAUGGUCAGAUGCAACACAAGCAGCCACAGCCAGGGGCCAAGUUCCAUAAUCAGGGGCCCCAUGCCCACCCCCCACCUUGGCCCCAGAUGGCCAACACCUCUCAGAGUCCACUAGGGGGUGCAUUCGGUAUGGACAAGCCCACAAGCCCUUCUUUGUACCCCCAGGACUUCAACCCCAAUGCCCAGAAGCAGCUGCUGAUGCCUGGUCAGCCCAACAAAGUCUCUCCCAAGGCUGGGACUGGGGGCUACAUGCCAGGGCCCACUGGACACCAAAACAUGCUGGGCCAUUCACCAUCAGGACCUCCCCUCAGCCACCCACCAGCACCAGGGGCUCAGGCCUCGGCCAACAUGCUGAAUUACAAUAACACCAAACCUCUGUCGCACUUUGAGGCAGGGCCCGGACCACCGCGGCCCCCCAACACCCAGACCCAGAACAAGGCAGCCCUACUGACACUGCUCAGACAGCAGCAGAUCAAACAAAAGAACAGCAUGAACUUCCGCCAGCACAUACCACACACUCAGGAUCAGAACACCUACCCUGCUCCUCCACACGGCCCAGUCCCAAACAACUCUAUGGCAUCCACACCUGGAAACAAUGGCAUGACGGCCCAGCCAGGGACAAACGCCAUGGCCGGUAACCACAGUAAUGCUGCAUACAUUAGCAGUCAGGCAGCAGUGGCAGCGGUGCUUAAACAACAGCAGCAGCAGCAUCAACAGCAGAUCCUGGAACAGCAGAAACAGAAGCAGCAGCAGCAGUACAUACAAAGACAGCAGCUCAUGGCUGAACAGGAGAAAAAACGGCAGCAGGACCAGCAGCUGCAGAGGCACCUGACCAGACCUCCCCCGCAGUACCAGGACCAGCCAGGACAACCAGCCAGUCAGAAUCCUUUCCCCCAGCCGCCAGUCAACCAAUUUCCAGCUUCCCCUCAGGCAAUGGCCAAUGUUGCCUCCUUGGGAGGCUCUGCCCCUGGAUCCCAGCGUAUGUUCCCUCAGAACCAAGGCAUGAUGAGUAUGAACAUGGGUCAAGGCGGUGUGUCGACCGGUGGAGUAGCUCCGCCACCUGCGGUGAGUCAGGCUGACAUUGGUAUGUCCUCAUGCGGAGGUGGAGGGGGCGGAGCCGGCAUGGACGUGCAACAGGUGCUCUUCAACAACAUGAACCUUCACCCCAACCACCCAGUCCACCCGCCCCAGCAGGCCGGCCUGCAGCGCCAGCCUCUGGGCCCCGCGAGUGCCUCCUAUAGACAGAAUCUUUUGGCUCAACAGCAGCACCUGAAGGCGCAGCCCAAUGCUGCCAUUUUGAAGCAGCAGCAGCUGGCUUCAGCCGCCGCCCGCAUGCCGGGCUCCAUGCAGAACAGUAUGGGAGCUAACCUGGGCAGCAACAUGCCGGGGACUCCAAGUGCUGCCUGGCAGCAGCAGCUUUCCAACCAGCCGCCAUCUAGUAAUGCUGGCCUGCCCCCCAACGCCUUCAACAACCCCCCCAACACCUUCCACAUGCAGCAGCAGCAGCCUCGCAUUCCCAAGAUGCCUCCUGGUGCUGCACCCUUUGGUGCAAAUCCUGGCGGGCGUCCAAUGGGAGGUCUGAACCAUGGGCAGCAGAUGAUGCCGACAAACAUGGCAACAGCACAGCAGAGGGUGCCGCCCAACCCUCAAAGCCUUGGACAGCCAAUGGCCAGUCAGCAGCAGACUCAACAACAGGCCAAUCAUAACCAAGCUGUCCUGCCUGACUUGGCGGCGUUCGGACAGCCGCAGGGCAACGGCCGCCAGGGACUACAUUGUAACCAAGGAUACCACGUGAGCAGGACUGCUAAUCAGCAACAGCAGCAGGUGUCAUUUGGAUACAAUGUGGCAUCUGGGAGCUUUGCUGGGGAAAGCGAACUUGUGGAUUCCUUGCUGAAGAGUCAGAGCACCCAGGAGUGGAUGGCUGACCUGGAUGAACUGCUCGCCAGCCACCACUAACCGGAGAUACCUGUCUGCACCUUGAGCAGCUGAACCCUGCUCAGAUGGGAGGCUCCACUGCUGUACCUGAAAGACUAAUCACUGAUGACUUUCUGCAGCAGCCAUGUUUAAAAAAAGAGGUUUCUUUUUCAGAGCAACAGAAACAGUGUUCUGAUGUGUAGUAAAAGAUCCAGACAGGAGGUCGAGUUGUCAGGCAGCAGCCAGCUGAUGGUGAAGCCUCUGAGUUGUGAACAUCUCAGUAGCUGGUAAAGUAGUGAAGGUUGUUAAUGGUAAAUGUUCCCUCAGAUACUGAUCUGUGGACAAGCUGCUUCCUUCCUGAAUAUGAUGGGACUGUGAUUUCAUCAUCGCAGAAUACAUCCCAGCCGCAGAAAGAGAAACCAGCAGCCAAAUCCAUUGCAGCUUAAUGGAGAAACAUGAAGUUUGGUAUCCCUCUUGGUUAGAAACACAUCAGACAGUACACACACUAGUCAGUGUGCAGAGUCGAAGACGAGGCAGAUUUUAACCUUCUCUCUCAGCUGAAAUCCAACAGCUGUGUCGGUGGUUAGAAACAAAACUAGUUGAGUAACAGAUGAGUUGAGCCCUCAUAUGUUUCAUCCUCCUGCCUGAGGAGAAGAAAACCAGGCUCCACUCAAAAACUUCCUGUUUAACCAUGAAUUACACACCUGGUAGAAUAGAAAUGAAAGCCCUCUGUAACUCUCCAGUGUGGGUAUGUGGUUUAACAUACAGGAGAUCCAUGUGACAGGAUCUUCCUCUGCAAAAUAGCAGUUUUUAGAGCCAUCAAGCUGACACCCACCUGCAAGUUUAACGUUUGUCCAUUUGAGCUUGAACACCAAAAGUUAUACCUCACAUGAUUACUGGUACUGCGUUUUGGUAGUGUAAAAUACAUUCUGGACUGAGAAA